AUGGCACCAAAACCCCCUCGUGAUGCUAAGGCAUCCAAAGAACCCCGUGAAUCUGCAAUUAAGAAGCGCAAGGGUUUCAGCGUUGGCCCAGCCAAUCUCCCCGAUGGCACCUACCGGCGCAAGACGCAAAAAAUCAAAUCCGAUCUGAUCCACAAGGCCAAGGUGAAGAAAGCUUACGCCAAGAUCAAAGCACAAGAACUCGCCGCCCCUACACCUAAGUCCGUUUACGCCCUUGCCGAUGAGGAGAAAGAAACAACAGAACCCCAGGUCGCCGAACCUGCGUCGACAGAACUUCACCCGGCUCGUAUGGCCAUGUUGAAUGAGCCGGAGCCGUCACCAGAGCCUGCGCCGAGACCAGAACGGCGCCCACGGAACCAAGGACAGCAGAGGGAGCGCAAACCCAAGCGGUCGGCGUUUGCAAAAGAGCUUGAGAUUGCGGAACAGCGGAAGAAGGCUGCUGAGGCUCGACAGAGGGAGGUUGAGGCCAAGCAAAAGGAGCGGGAGGCGAUGCUUCGUGCUAAGCGGCCGGAUCAGUUUGGCAAACGGAGAUUGGGAAGGGAAAGCAAUGCGCUGCUGAGUCGGGUGCAGCGAAUGGUUGGACAGUCAUAA